AUGGGGUAUGGCGGCUCCCCCCAGUGCAGGGAGUUGGGAACAUUUCUUAAGAGCAGAGCGUCUCUCCUCAAUAUGACGACAGAGAUCACUUAUGCUGAAGUGAGAUUCAAAAACAAAGCCCAGUCCUCGGCCGCCCCAUCACAGGCUCCUGCAGCUCCCAAAGAGAAGACUAGCCCUCCCCCAAGUAACUCUCGUUGCCUCAAACUACUUGUUGCUGUGUUGCUGAUUCUUUUGCUGCUGGCAAUCUCAUUCUUACUUGCCUUUAUCAUAUUUUUCCAAAAAUAUUCUAAACUUGUUCAAGAAGAAGAGUUUAUACAAGAUCUGACUCACACAAUGUUGGAAUGUAAGAAAGAAAACUUGACCAAGGAAGGUAAAUCCUGGAGCUGCUGCCCGAAGAAUUGGAAGCCAUUUGGUUCAAAUUGCUACUUUUUUAAUACUGAGGAAAAAAAUUGGCGUGACAGUGAGAAGAACUGUACAGGGAUGCAGGCGCAUCUGCUGGUGGUCGACAGCAAGGAGGAGCAGGAAUUUAUUAACAAGAAUGUAAUUAAGAAACAUGCUUAUUAUUUGGGGCUGUCAUAUUUUAAGAAUGGUCACUGGGAAUGGGUUAAUGAGACCCCAUACAAUCACAGUGCCACGUUCUGGCACCCAGGAGAACCCAGUAAUGGCAAUGAACACUGUGUAAUAUUAAAUUUUCGUCAGCAAUGGGGCUGGAAUGACAUUCCUUGUGAUCACCGUCAGUAUUCAAUUUGUGAGAUGUUGAUGAUCUACUUAUGA